AGGAGAUGAAAAAUGCUAGAACAACCAACCAAUGCAAAACACUAAACACAAGCGAUGCUCCAAUCUUCGAACGUCCCCAAUCUCUCUCUCGCAAACCAAACCCUAGCCUGGCCUAGCAACAAUGGCGCCGUGAAUCCAAUCCAAUCCAAUCGGAGCCGAAUCGAAUCGUGCCGGGCGGAGGGAGGGAGGGAGGAAGAAGAACCGAAGAAGAGAGAGGGGAGAGAUGGUGGGGCGCAACGAGGAGAAGGCGCGGCUGGCGCUGGCCGCCAUGAACAAGCUGGGGUUCGGCCGGAAGCAGGCCACUCCCGUGCUCAAGCGCCUCUUCAGGCUCUUCGACCGGCAGUGGGAGCCCAUCGAGGCCGACUCCUACCGCGCCCUCGCCGAAGCAAUCCUCGACGACCAACUCCAAUCCCAAUCCCAAUCCCAACCACAGCACCAGCCCAACGGCGGCAGCGGCGGCGGCGGCGGCGGCAAUGAGGCGCCGGGGCAGGAGGAGGAGCUGGAUGGCAUGCCAGAAAUCUCCACCCCUUCCACAACCCCCUCUUUCAGAGCCACACCACCGCAAAGCUCCAGCUCCAGGACCCAUUUCAGAGCCCCUGCCUCUGCCUCUGCUCCUCCACCCGGAUCCACAGCCAGAGGCAUAGUGGAAAGGGUUGUCUUGGCCCCAGCCCCAGGCGCACCCUCACCAACCGCACUGCUCACCAAGCACAAGCAGAUGAUGGAUGCAGAGUUUCAGCAGCCUGCCUUCUUCCCCAAACACCCCAACCCCCAACCCCCUCAACCUGUCGACAUGGACGCGUCCGGCUGUUGGGAUGUGCAGCCUGGCUUGAUUCUCCGCUCCCGCAACCGCAACCGCAACCGCAACGCUUCCUCCUCGUCCGAGUUCAAUGCGGUGCCUCCGCCUGACCGUGACCGAAAUCCUCACCACAUUUCAGGUAGUGAUAAAAACAGGGCAAUUCAGCAUCACAACAGAAAUGCAGAGAUGCCUGCUGUAUCUGUGGAGCCAACAAGCAGCAGCACACUGAUCAAUGGAACAGGGUCUCAAGUGCAGGAGAUUGAUGUCGCGUCAUCCCCUGGGGGCGAGGUUAAGCUGUCUCUGAAAUGCAGCGCAGACCCAUCAAAGCUCAACAUGCCUGAUCUGGAAGCAGUUUACAAGAUGGUUGAGGACAAAUACCACUGCUCGGACAAGCUUCUUCCUCCUGAUUUCUCCAUUCCUGGCCUCAUGGCCGAGAUAUGCCAGAGUGUCGUGCAGCUGGGCACUCAACAUACUGUGGAGCAUAUUACACAAUCACGUACCGUUGGUAAUGGCAGCACGUCUAAAUGCGUGGAGGGUGGUUCAGCGAGUUCAACUACUGCCCCGCAACCGCAUUCGGCACUUUCAAGGACUACCCAUGAUGUACAUGACAUAUCCAAGGGACAAGAAAAUGUCAAGAUACCGAUAGCAAAUGAGUCUGGCAGAGGAAAAUGCCCACCAUCGUUUUCCUACGUGCCAGGCAACGAGGUAUUUCAAAAUGGUAUUGUGAACAUCUCCCUUGCACAGAUUGGUGCUGAAGACUGUUGUGCUGAUUGCUUUGGCGACUGCUUGUCUGCGCCUGUACCAUGUGCUUGUGCAAGAGUCACCGGGGGUGCAUAUGCAUACACACCGGGCGGUUUGGUAAAGCCAGAUUUCAUUGACAAGUGUGUCUCCAUGAACCGGGUUCCCGAAGCACAUCACAAGGUCUUUUGCAAGACGUGCCCGCUCGAGAGGUCGAGAGAUAAAGCCUCACCAGAGCCUUGCAGGGGCCACCUUGUUCGGAAAUUCAUCAAGGAGUGCUGGAGCAAAUGCGGGUGCAGCAUGCGGUGCGGCAACCGUGUGGUCCAACGCGGCAUAAGAUUCAACCUUGAGGUGUUUUCCACGGGAAAUGGGAGGGGUUGGGGGCUGCGCACGCAGAACGCAUUGCCAAAAGGAGCUUUUGUGUGCGAAUAUGCGGGGGAAAUACUAACAUGCGCAGAAGUACAUGAGCGGGCAGUCGAGAACAUGAAGAAUGCUAGGUAUACACAUGCGGUAGUGUUGGAUGCUGGCUGGUCUUCGGGAGGGUCGCUGAAGGACGAAGAGGCAUUGUGCCUAGAUGGAACCUUUUAUGGGAAUGUUGGCAGAUUCAUCAACCACAGAUGCCGUGACUCAAAUCUGGCCAUGGUUCCUGUUCAAGUGGAGACUCCUGAUCGGCACUAUUACCAUGUUGCAUUCUUCACUAGCAGGAAGGUGGAGGCCCUAGAGGAACUGACAUGGGACUAUGGGAUUGAUUUUGACGAGGAGUUGGGGCCGGUGAAGGUGUUUGAGUGCCUGUGUGGAAGCAAGUACUGCCGAGGAAGUCGUCGGCAUCGUCAGCGCCUGAGGAAUGGGAAUGGGAAUGGGACUGGGAAGAAGAGAAGCAGGGGAGAUCCUGGGCAGGAUUGAAGGGUGUUGAUGCCAUGCCUGUUAACUCAUUCACCAAGUAGUAGUAGUAGCAGUAGGCAAUUGACCUGACUGAUUUGUUGUUGGUGGAAAAAUGCUGUCUCUCUCUCUCUUGGUUGGACAAGAAACUCUUUCUGAUGCUGCUGCUGCUCUGUUCUGUGUAAUGAAAUGAAAAUGAAGCAAAGCAUCCAUGAGAAGAUGAAUGAGGAGGUGAAGUGACCUUGAGGCAAGAGAGUUUGUUAUUAUUCAGUCACCUUGAGGCAAAAGAGAUGAAUAAUGAUUGCUUGCUUGCUUGCAAGGUUAGGAGUAGAAAUUAGUAUGUAUUUCCCAUCAAACUGGUAAGAUUAUGUUUGAUUCAUGGGAUGGGCCUCAUUUUUCUC